CGGGCGAUCCAAAACGAGAUUCAAGACAGGCCAAAGCCGCUUGCAGCUAAAACUAGAUGUUCGACAAGUAAAUGUAUCUUUGAGAUACAACGAUAUGAAAAUUAAUAAUAAUUAAAGCGCAGCGGCUCUCGCUCUCUCUGUGGGCUGUUUUUUUUUUUGCACGAAAAGAACAGAAGCUGAAACGAGAAAUAAUAAGCGAAAUAAUUCUCAAAAAAUCUUUGGUAUCUGUGUAUCGGAGAAAAAAAAGAGGCCGCCCCGCCGCGCCAUGCGGUUGUCGGCUGUCGACGCUCUGCUCUCGCCUCUCGGCCGCCAGUGGGCGAAAGACGCAACUGCUGCGACCUUGCAAUGCCCUUGAAUGACACUCUUAUUGCGACCAAGUCGCCAAUGUUGCCACUACAACGGGCGCUGCUGCCACGGCUGCCACUCAGCGCUGGCGCAAAAUCAUAAUAAAAUAAAAAUAAAUAUAAAAUAAAAAUACACAAAAACGGAUUCCAAACCAAAACAAAAAAAAUAAAUAAAAACUUAAGAUAACCGUGAAAAUCUACAAGAUAUUGUCCGAUUUUCGUGUGCAGUCCGAGUGAAUUUUUUUGUAGAUUGAGACCCUUCCUCUGAGAACCCUGAAACCAAAACACACACCGACUCCUUAUCAAAACCAAAGCCUUAACCCAAAUCAAAAACUUUUGAAUGGAACGCGAGUGAAAAGAUAUAGUAGAAAACUAUCCGGUUUACUUUUUUUUCAAAUUGAAAUAAACAAAUUUUUUCUCUUAAAAUAAACGAACUGCAGAAAUAAAUGAAAUAAAACAUAUCUGAAGAAAAUACAAAAAUUCCAUUCAAGGAAAGUGUUAUCUAAGCAACUAACGCCCUCUGGUGGCCCCCAAACUCAAAAGUGAAGGUGUAUAUGUGUGUGUGAAAGUGAGUGAAAGUGAAAGUUCACGUUCAGACGCAAUCCUUCGGUGACCUUUCGCCCCACAUAUUGGGUCACUUUCUUGGACGACUACAUAACGACAAAAAGGCACGCAAUACCUAAAAGGCCGCCCGCCACAUUUAUAGUAUGCUAUAUAGAGAAUUGGUAUAUGUAGGCGAUAUUUAUGCGACAGCUUUUGACAACUAAUUCUUUUUUUUAUUGCUACGCCUGUGCGAGAGCGAGAAGAACUUUGGCAAAGGCCAAAAAAGGAACGCCUUGGAAUUAUAUUAAAACUACAGAUAUUCCGGAGAUCCGUUGCAAUACUAUAUCCGACUCUGUGUGUGUGCGUGACGUGACGUAAAUGAACGAUCCCGGCGAUAUACCACUGACACACACAAGCACGCCGGACAGCAGGCCACCCUGCAGCAUUAUCUCAAUCAUACCAACCAUAGGGAUGUCCUCAUGCCGUGGCCGGGCCGAGGCAUUCGCACGGAGUCUGUCCUCCAAGCUGCGCACCUUGGGAUCACAGGCGAACGAGGAGGGCGCGGAAAAUCCCGAGGACGAGCCCAUCAUAAAUGGCACCAAUACCAAUACCUGGGUGAAUGCCCAUGACUCCGAACAGACUGUGACCGAUCUGCAGCCGCUGCGCCACGAGUCCGAUUCGUUCUUCGACUUUGACUGUGAGCUGGAGUCGCCCGGGAGUCCGGUGGAUGAGUGCGAGUACCUGCGUCUGAUUGAAACCGCCUCGAAUACGCCACACAACUCGACGGCCGAGUCGGGCUAUGCGUGUGCCUCGGCCGCCAGCAGUCACAGCAGCAGCACCGCCGAUGGACCCUACUUCGAUGCCACAUCAACAUCCACAUCGGCCGUCGGAUCAGUGGCUCCGGAUCAGAUACUGGUCACGGUAAACGCACAGCCCCAGGCCCCGGAGCCCAGCAAGCAGCCAGCCUCGGAGUUGACUGACUCUGUGAAUGCAUUGCCAAUGAAUGGGGGACACGAGCUGACGAACGGUCAGCAGCAGGUGGGGGAGCAGGAAAAACAGAAAGAGACAGCUGAGAAAACUCAACCACAGGAGCUGGUUGUGGAAGUGGUGGAUCAGGAGGAUGAGGAUGAGGCGCUCCUGCAGGCACAAAUACUCAGCGAACUGCUGCAACAGAGUGACAGCUUCAAAGCCAGCGGCGGUAUUGUGGUACAGGCUCCCCCAGAAGAGCCCUCUGCCACUCUGACCAAUGGCCACGUGGACGCAGAGGAACAGCUCGAACUGAAAGCAAAUGAAGAAGAAGUCGUGCAUGAGGCCACUCCCGACAGAAUCUUGGAUGAGAGGGUCUACGAUGUCCCGACACCCGACAGAACUUUGGAUACCUCCCCAUCGUCGGAUGGCGGCCUAGACGGCGCAACCGACGCCCAUGCCUCCCCCGACAGCGGUGUGGAUGAGACAGACAAAUCGGUGACAGCAGACACCGGCAGCAAUCUCACAGUGGAUGUGGAUCUGGCCCAGCUGGAGAAGGCCAAGCAUGAUGCCGCCGAGGCGGUGGAAAAGAAGACGAGCCACAGCCAAGGCAUCGACACCACAGACGAUGAGGACGAUUGCCGGCCCCAGAGGGUGAGACGCUGCUCCUCCUUGAAGACGGGAAAGACGCCACCGGGCACGCCCGGACGCAAGAAGAUCGUGCGAUUCGCCGAUGUGCUGGGCCUGGAUCUGGCCGAUGUGAAGACCUUCCUGGAUGAGAUACCCACAAUACCCAAGUCGGCGUUCGAGGAUCUGGAGAUACUCGAAUCGGAGCCGCCGAUGCAGAUGGGGCCCAAGUCGGACAAGCUGCUGAUGCCGCUGUUCCAGCAGCCGGGCGGCCUGCCCACAUUCCUCGAUGCGGUCAGGGAGAAGCAGGUCUCUCUGGAGAAUGCCGCCGUCUCGGACAACAUCAACCAGACGAUAUCCGGAUCGGUGCGCGUGCGCAAUCUCGACUUCCACAAGUCAGUGCACAUCCGCUACUCGCUGGACGGCUGGCGCAGCUACGCGGAUCUACAGGCCAACUACGUGGAGAACUCCUGCGAUGGAUUCUCGGACAAGUUCACCUUCGUGCUGUUCGGCAAUUCGCUCCAUGUGGGCCAGCGGCUGGAGUUCGCUGUGCGCUUCCAGUGCAAGGGCCAACAGUUCUGGGACAGCAACUACGGGGCCAACUACUGCUUCCAAUGUUUGCCAAGCUCGACGCAUGCCACCAACGCAUCGGCCCCGUCCGUGGUGACUGGCGCCGUGACCACGCAUCACAGCACGAGCAUGGUCGGCCUGCUAAGCCCCACGGCGGGCGAUGCCUGGUGCAGCUCCUUCUACUAAGCGUUUGGCGCGGCUCGGCAGACAAUCCGGAGCGGGCCCAUCCCAUGGCUGUGGGCUCCCGUGGAGGCAGUAGUAUGCACCCCCACCUCGAACCUCGAAACCCCCCCCCCCCCCCCCCCCCCCCCCCCCCCCCCAAAGGCGCUACGCCAAUUCCUGGAAUAUAUAUCCAUAUUCCUGGGCCUUGACGUGGCGUGUGCCAGAUGAUAUAUACAUACAACCAUAGUGACAUACAACACUUCAGAUGAUCGGCCAGUUAGAUCAGAGAUCGAACAAAUCCAGGUCCCCUGCCCCCCUUUGUGUGUAGAGCAGAAACAGAAAUUGUUUAUAUUUUUAUAGAGGGAAGGAUGAAUUGCAGGAUAAGGAGAGGGCAAAGGAGCCAAGGGAGCUGGAAGAACAAGCCAGAAUAUAAACCAGAGUAGUGCGAAAAAGAUGAUAAAAAA